AUGUUCAAAACGUUACGACGGCUUCAUGGUUACAAUUUGGAAAAUCGUGGUUUGAACGAUCUCUCUGAAACAUUUCAAAAUUUUAUUACACGUGCCAGGUUCUUCAGUAUUGGGCGAUUAAGACGUACAUGGUCUCACUCGGCAGUCGAAUUUUUGAAAUACCGACGCUUAUUACCAAUGCUCACUUCCGAUGAACAAGCAAUUAACACCGGUGACUGUGAUUUAAAUCCUAGUCUAUCGGUAUCAGGAUCUUCGACAGGAACAAAAGAGCGUGGCAGUCCACAUCAAAGAUCCAGGAAUGAAGAUCGAAAAAUUCUAGUCACAAAUAUUUCCCGGCGUGUCACGGCUAAUCAGCUUAAAUCGUUUUUCUCAAAAUUUGGUCCUAUUGCAAUUUGUUAUAUAACAUCAGAAGAACGCCAGUAUUCACUUUAUGCUACAUUGCCAAAAAAAUCUGGAUCGAACUUGACCGCUUAUAUCACCUUCAAAAGCAUGGAGAGUGUAGAGCGAGCAAGGAAUGCAGCUCCGGAUGAACUGAGAUUUUAUGAUCAGGUGAUGUUAAUAUCGCAGUUAUCAGUCAAAAAAAAGAAUAUCACAGGAAAUUCGGUUGAAAAAACAGGGGUCUGUCCAGAUUCAGAUAUUAUUUCGAGUAAUGCGACAACGAUUGCAUCUCGAAGCACAACAUUAUGUACAUUAGCGGACGUUGCAUCGUUGUUUGCAAGUCGAUUGUCACUGUCAGUAUUGCCGGCAAGGGUACUUACAUUGAUCUUAUCUUUCUUGCCACCGAUGGAUAGAAUUCGAUUAGAAAGAGUAAGCAAAAGCUUUCUGGAAUCAUCCAUCGAGAGCUGGAAAUGGAACGAUAAAUUAUCAUUCUCAAAUGAUAGUAGUUUUGGAUGCACUUUCUCAUCGCUAAACCCUCUUCGAAAUAUUCAUCUGAAAGCACUUUUAUCUCGUUGUGGCGUACAUUUGAAGUGUUUGGAUUUAUCCCGAGUAGUACAUUUGCUAGAUGAACAAGCUUUUCACAUAAUUUCAUCUUCAUGUCCAAAUUUAGAAAAGGUGGAUUUAUCAGGGCUUGGUGGUAACUGGCAAACAGUGCGUACAUUUGGUGAGCCACUGAGGAAUUUACGGUCUGUUACGUAUAGAGAUAUGGUAGAUGUGAGUGAUAAGACAAUGUGGUACUUGUUCAAGCCAUUAAGUAUGAAUAUGCAUGAAGUUGAUCUUCGAGGUUGUCAACGAUUCAAAGGUCGUUGCUUUCGGCUGUUUGGAAACUCUUUGAAAAAGAUUUUGCUUGAUGGUUGCUAUCGUCUGGACAAGCAGUCACUGGAAGAAUUGUGUCUUAACUCGCCGAAUGUCACUGAACUUCGAUUAAGUUUCUGUCAGUUGGUUUCCGAUGAUAUACUCAGUUUGAUAUCGAGAAGCUUAACACAUUUAAAAUCGUUUGCUUUAUGUGGCGAUUGUUUCCCGGACCUAACUUCAAAUGGUCUACUAGCUGUGUUACGUUUGCAUUCUCUUUGUGAGCUGUCACUAGAUUACAAUUCAGCGGUGUCGGAUGAAGUGUUGGAACAAAUAACUGAUAACCUUCCACAUCUGCACAUUCUUAGUCUGGCAUAUGCUGGUUCAGAUGCAACGAUAACUGAAGAAGUUGUCAUGAAGAUUGGAAAAUUGAAGAAACUUCAAACACUUGAUGUUAGCUCACUAGCAGCAAUAACAGAUAUGUCUUUAUCGGCAAUUGUUUGCGGUUGUUCAAUGCUGCAGACUAUUCGCUCUCACUGUUGCACAUAUUUGGGUGAUGAAGGUGUUUGUUCGUUAACAACGCUGAAAAAUUUGGAACAUGUUGAUCUGAGUGGAUGUCUUCUUGUAACUUCGACUGCCAUCCAGGCAUUGCUUGAUGCUUUUCCACCAUCUGAAAAUUCUCAAACAUUAAAGUUGAUUACAGUGGUUAUUGGAGGAACGAUAUGUAAUGUUCAGUUCUUACGCCAACGUAAUAGCCGUGUGGUAUUGGAUACAAGUGAUUAUAGUGUCGCGUGUAGUAGCACAACAGAACUUUUUUCAAUUACUCAUGGAUUUCUUGGUGGGAAGAAUAACUCGGACGAAAGUUCAUCGGACGACGAAUUUGAUGCAUUGGCAACUCACCGUUCACUCAUAAUAGAUGCGUUACGCGAUGUGGAAGAUGAUUCACUAAUGGAAACACAAGAAUCGAUUAAUGAAUGGGCCGAACGUGAAGCUCUCGAUUUAGGCCUUAUAACUAAAUGA